CUCAUUCCAACACAAAGUUCAUGUUAUGUUCUUAUCUUUCAGAUUUUAAGGUUUUCUUUUUUCAGGCCUCUCGAUGAAGCAUACUUUUCUUCUUGGUUGUUUGUUGGUUUUGUUCUUUUCCGGGAGUAUUUGUUGUGGCAGUGUCAAUACUGUAGAGGUUGUUGGACUUGAUCAAUGUGCUUAUUGCAAGGAGAAUAAUAUCAAGACAAGCCAAGCAUUCUUAGGGUUAAAAGUGACCAUUUGGCCUCCAUUCCCUAAGUCUCACCCUUGGUACAAAAGGUUUCACCACAUUUUCCCUAAUCCGCCUGUAGUUCUCCCUCCGAUACCAAAGAAAAAGUCAUUUCCACCGCCAGCUAUUGUUAAGCCAGAACCAAAAACAAAACCCAAGCCAGAACCAAAAACAAAGCCCAAGCCCAAGCUAGAACCGAAACCAAAACCAGAGCCCAAGAAAGAGCCAAAACCAAAGCCAGAGCCUAAGCUAGACCCAAAACCAAAACCAGAGCCAAAACCAAAUCCAAAGCCGAAACCAAAGCCUGAGCCUAAGCAGGAGCCAAAACCAAAGCCUGAGCCCAAGCAGGAGCCGAAACCAAAGCCUAAGCCCAAGCCUGAGUCGAAACCAAAGCCUAAGCCCAAGCUAAAGCCAGAACCAAAUCUUGAGCCUCCAGACCCCAACACAAAGCCGAAACCAAAUCCUAAGCCCAAGCAUAAGUCGAAACCAAAGCCUAAGCCCAAGCCAAAGCUAGAACCAAAACAUGAGCCCAAGCCGGAGCUAGAACCAAAGCCUAAGCCUAAGCCCAAGAUAGAACCAAUGCCUGCACCCAAUCCAGAGCCCAAGCCAGAAACAAAGCCAUGUCCCCCAAAAAUCUUGCCACCACCUAUCCAAGUAUACAACCCGCAUCCAAAAAUCUUACCACCAAUCCCACCAAUUCACUAAAAAAACAUGCCCACCGCUUUUAGUCCCUAACCUUCAUCCCCGAUUCCAUGCCAUCAUACCCUUAAUCUUUCCCUUCAAAGUAUUUAAAUUUCUAGAGUUGUGGCGCAUGUAGGCUUAUUCGCGUACCAGUUAAUGUUUCAAGGUUGAAAGGUCACGAUCUUUUGUCUAUGAUUUCAAUAUUUGGUUUGUGAAUUUGAUGUUGUUUGUAGAUAUUCUCAAGGUUUGAUUUGUUUUUGUCGCAAUUUGAACUGUAGUAUUUGUUCCCUAUCUUCAUAUUUGUGAUUAUAGCUAUAAUUGUUUGUACCUUUUUAAAUAAAAGAAGUCAUUGUAGAU